AACCAUAGAAACACUCGGAAGUGGACGGCAGUCGCACGAUUGAAGGUGGUUGGUAGGUGGUCGGUGGAUACAUUUGAUCGAAGUGCAGCUGUUUGUAAGAACUGGCUGUGGCCAUGCCAAAGCUGCAGGGUUUCGAGUUCUGGAGGACCACUCUUAAGGGGGCACGCUAUGUUGUGGCUCCCAUGGUGGACCAGAGCGAGCUGGCAUGGAGGCUGUUGAGUCGCAGGCACGGUGCUGAGUUGUGCUACACCCCCAUGCUGCACGCGCAGGUUUUUGUGCGUGACCCCAAUUAUCGCCGUGAGAACCUAUACAACGAAGCUUGUCCAGAAGAUAGACCCCUCAUUGCACAGUUCUGUGCAAAUGACCCAGAAGUCUUUGUCAAGGCUGCUUUGCUGGCUCAGGAUUACUGUGAUGCCAUUGAUCUCAACUUGGGCUGCCCUCAGAUGAUCGCUAAGAGAGGACACUAUGGUGCCUUUCUACAGGAGGAGUGGAACCUUCUGGAGAAGAUGCUCACACUAGCCAAUGAGAAAAUUUCAGUGCCUCUCACAUGUAAAAUCCGAGUGUUCUCGGAGAUGGAAAAAACAGUGGAGUACGCCAAGAUGCUGGAGAAGGCUGGAUGCCAGCUGUUGACUGUCCAUGGCCGAACCAAAGAGCAAAAAGGAGCGAUGACCGGCAUUGCAAGCUGGGAGCACAUCAAGGCUGUGCGGAAAGCAGUGAACAUCCCUGUGUUUGCGAAUGGGAAUAUCCAGCACCUGAGUGACGUGCAGCGCUGCAUGGAUGAGACGGGCGUGCAUGGGGUCAUGAGUGCAGAGGGGAAUCUCCACAACCCGGCGCUGUUUGAGGGCUCCAGCCCGCCUGUGUGGGAGAUGGCGGAGGAGUACCUGGAGGUUGUUCAGCAGUACCCCUGCUCCCUGUCCUACGUCCGCGCGCACCUCUUCAAACUCUGGCACCACACACUGCAGAUCUAUCAGGAGCUAAGAGAAGAGUUGGCCAAGGUGAAGACCCUGUCUGGAAUGGCGGAGGUCAACAGACAGCUGAAGCAGCGCUGCCAGGAGGAAAUGGCCAAGGGGGGAGACGGGCGGAAGAGCGUAAAUGGUCUGCCGUUCCCACAUUGGAUCUGCCAACCAUACGUGCGACCCGUGCCAAAGGAACCAGGGAGUGAGAAUGGGCAGCCCAAGCCACAGAUGAAGGUGGCGUGUGUGAAGAGAGCACUGGAGGACAGCGAUGGCACCACAGAAUUCCUCUCCAAAAACAAGCAAAAGAAGAAAGCCCGCAACCCCCACAAGAAUUUCAACCUGGAGCAGAAACCAAAGUACAUCAGGUGUGAGCAGUGUGGAAACCCAAAGGGCAAUAAGUGCGUCUUUAACUUGUGCCGCGGGUGCUGCAAGAAGGCGGCGUACAAGGCGACUGCUGACUGCCCCGGUCACGGGCUGCUGUUCAAGACGAAGCAGGAGAGAGCCUUGAAGCUGAAGAGUGAAGAGGCUCACAGGGCAGCGAACGGGGAGAGCGCUGUCCAGGCGGGGGGGGAGCCCGUGGCCUGAGGGUGCGCACAGGGACACAAACGCUCCCACACGCGCCCCGAGGCUACUGACCGCAGGGGCGGGCAGGGCGGGGCGGGGAGGGGCGGGGAGGGGGGAGCAGAGGGGACCAGCCGCACGCUCAGGCUCGCAAACCCUCUCAGGGUCCCUUCCCCUCGGUGGACAGCGUCAACACAGCUCAGUUUACAGAGGAACGGGCAACGUCCUCAGCUCGUUCUCCCAUUAAAUCUUUGCCGUUUUUACAUUUGCCUUUUUUAUUUUUAUUUUUAUUAUUUUUUUUGUGUGUGUGUGAUCAAGUUAAGCCCAUUUGCUUAUGUUGUUUUUUUUUUCUCCUGUGCAUUACUUUCCUUCAGAAUGCAACCCAUCCCUUUUUUCAGGAAAGUGAAGCUCGGUUAAACAAGAAUUUUAUAAAAGAGAGUAUUUUAUCUGGCAAGGAAAAAAAAGGAACUACACAUGGACAGAAUGUUCUUGAUAUGAAAUGCUUUUAUUAAAUAAGAGAACAGGGAUCACGUAGCCUUGGCUUACUAGACACUGGAUACAAGGCAGCUUGACACUGACCAUUUUAAAAAGUACAGAGAACAAGAAGGUCUAUGGAAUUUAACAAAUCUCCGGUCAAUUCAGUACAAAUAAAUGGUUGUUGUGUGUAUGGAAUCUGUAUAUUACUAGUUUAUAUGGUCAUCUGUGCUGUAAAUGAGUUGCAAGGAUACAUUAAGGGACAGAUAUGGAUAUUUGAAGAAAUUAACUGCACAAAUAGGAAGACAAUGAAUUUUUAACGUGGAACAAUACAUUACAGCUUGUUACAUUGCUUUCCUGAAAGCCAGCUUUGGGUCCUUUGUUGAGCUGCCUUGAAACGUUGCUUUCAAAUGGAGGCCCACCUAUUCAUGAAUCAUGAGAAAUGACAAAAUAGUCUUGACUGGCAUCAGCGUGUCAACCAUGUUGUGCUCAUAGUACUUAUGCACCUGACAACUGAGGCUAAAGCUUAUCAUUUCAUCAUUUAACUUGUGGAUCAUUCGGAUUCUGUAGAAUAGCGUGACAAACGUCAGGAUGAUGUUUAAUUAAAUCCCAUGCUUGAGUGCCCUAGAAACAAAUUAUCAAGCCUUUGUCCUCUCAGUCUUUUGUCAUUAUGGUGUGGAAAGCAGUCAAAGCAGCAUUUCUGAUCAACACUAGUGCUCAGUUGCCUGAUUAGCUGUUGGAAGUCGGCAACAUCUGGGAAGCUCCUGAGACUACUUGUGUUCCUUUGAGCUGAAAAUGAAUUGAUUUUGUAUUUACAAGAAGGGUGCCAUUGAUUUUUUUUUUUUUUUUUUGAAUAGAUGCACAUUUGUCCACGUUAGAGAUAAAAUGCCAAAAACCAAGCUUUUGGUGGGUUUCUGCUUGGAACUGGAGAAGACAGCUGUCAGCUUUCAGCUUAAAUAUUUAGGCAACCCAGAAAAUAGUUGUCAGUGUAUAUUUUCCGUGUGCAUGUGACCGAGCGUGCCAGUGCUGUCAGGGCAUGUGGUGGAUGAUGGGACUGAAGCGUCAGCCAGUGAAAUGAGUCUAGUCGUCGAGGAUCUGCAUCACAUCGUUGUCCAAGGACCCCUUCUGGUUGAUUAGGUGCCUGCAAAUCCGCCUGUUAAGCUGCGCAUGAAGUGUCUUAAGACUCAUUUUUCUGCCAGGCUGGCUGUAGUGUGAUGGGAAGCAGUGCUUGGACUCGUGCCAGGCUGUGCUCUGCAGGAUAGCUGAUGGUCCAGUUAUGAGCGCUGAUAAAUUAUUGGGCAUUACAAAUUGCCAACAAAAAAGGGGGGGGGGGCAUUAAAAUAAAUUCAUAAAUUAAAAAAUGCAGCAUUACAUACAUGCCGCAAUAAAAUUCAUUUUAAAUGCCAAAAAAAAUGCAGGUCUGAUUUUCAAAUACUUCAAUGGAUGUUUAUAAAAUGUAAACAAAAUGUAUAUUGAAUGCAUCAAGCUGAUUAAUGAGUUUUAAGAUUAAAGAAGCUCUUUGAACAAGCUUUUUGAGAAGGGAGAGGGGUUGAAAAACAGUUGUUGCAUACCUGUAAAAGGGAUUUUUGUGGAUUUCUUUUAUUUAUUCAAAUUCAAUUCAGUUCAAUAGAAUUUAUCCCCUUAGGGCAGUUAGUAGCUGGCAUAUCAUCAAUCAACAUCAAAAGCAGACGGGACGUAGUAUACUCAAUAAUCUGUUGUCACACACAACAGAAAGUCAAAUAAAUAAAUGCACUAAGAAGUGCAAUAAAAAGGGUGUUUAAAAUGGGGCCUGUAUGUACGCAUUUGGAAAACACGCACGUGCAUUCACUUGUGCUAUUCAGGUUCAGAAUGCAGGGCGAGGUGAUCAUUGAUCUACCUGAUGGCCUCGGGCUCAAACAUGACUCUUUGUCUGAUGGUCUGGCUCCGGGGGCAGCGGCAGCGUCGAGCCAGCUGAUCAAAGGCCGGGUGGAGGGCAUGAAUAGCAAUUUCACUGAACACUGCACACAAUAUCACAGUUCUGUCAGGAGCAUUUGGAUACAAGUAGGAGUGUGUUCUUGAAUCCCUCUGUUGCAAUUUGAAAAAUGUGGAUUUUUGAGAGCAGAGAGCCCCAUAAAUAGAAAACGAAAAGUGCAAAAGAUUUAUACACGUGUAUGUGUAACCUUUUAACUAUACAGUAAAUCUUGCCUUCUUCCAGUCAACUUAAGGCUGGUACUGGAGUUAUCCUGUUCCUAAAAGUUAUAAUUAUCUGCUUUACACCUUAGUAAAAGAUAUUCUCGGUUUUGUUUUUUAAAUAAAGACAUUAAGAUUAAUACUGCAGUGCCUUGUGUAAUGCAGUACAUUUUAAUGUGGUAAAGUCAACCCAUGUCACAUGCAGCAGUUCACUGUUCUUCCAGUGCAUACAUUACAUUACAUUACAGGCAUUUAGCAGACGCUCUUAUCCAGAGCGAUUUACACAACUUUUACAUAGCAUUUUUACAUUGUAUCCAUUUAUACAGCUGGAUAUAUACUGAAGCAAUUUCGGUGAAGUACCUUGCUCAAGGGUACCUUGCAUACAGGCUACUGGUGUGUACUUUGGCUGAGGGCACUGGGAGUCAUUUGUAACUUGAGAGGAAAAGGCAUUUUAUUAUUUGAUAGGUAUGAAACAACUACUUUUUUGUCGAAUGCAUCUUUUUUUGCAGGAAUUGUGUCACUGUGCUGGAUUCCACACAAAUAAAAAUGUCACAAAAAG